GAGCGGCAAGAGCGGGAGUCGCUUUCUAGGGGAGGUUGCCAGAGGGCGUGGGGGAGCCGUUGCACCGUGCGGCGCGUGACGGCAAGGCCUGUAAGGGGCGGGGAGAGGAAUAGGUUGGGAGCUCCGAGUGUUUCUCCCGGAGAGAAGCUGUGCGGCGAGGCAGCAGCGACGUGACAGAAGCGCUGGCCAUGGACCCGCAGAAGUUGAGUGAGCUGCGGAGCUUCGUGAAACUCUGCAAGCAGAAUUCUGCCAUCUUGCACUCCGAAGAGAUGAUCUUCUUCCGCGAAUGGAUAGAGAGCAUGGGAGGUGCAAUACCACCGGCUCCUUGCAAAACUUCAACAGAAACAACUCCUGAGCCAAAGGCAGAAGAACCACCAAAAGCACCUGAGCCUGAAAGUGAAGAAAGUGAUUUAGAAAUUGAUAAUGAAGGAGUGAUUGAGCCAGACAGUGAUGAACCUCAGGCAAUGGGAGAUGAAAAUGUUGAGGUUACAGAAGAGAUGAUGGACCAGGCCAAUGAAAAGAAGAUGGAAGCUAUAAAUGCAUUAAGUGAAGGUGAACUUCCGAAAGCCAUUGAUCUGUUCACAGAAGCCAUCAAAUUGAAUCCUCAUUUGGCUAUCCUGUAUGCCAAAAGAGCUAGUGUUUUUGUGAAAAUGCAGAAGCCAAAUGCUGCCAUUAGGGAUUGUGAUAGAGCCAUUCAAAUAAAUCCCGAUUCGGCACAGACCUACAAAUGGCGAGGAAAAGCUCACAGGCUGCUAGGUCAUUGGGAAGAGGCUGCACAUGAUCUAGCUUUGGCAUGUAAACUGGAUUAUGAUGAAGAAGCUAGUGCCAUGCUUAAGGAAGUACAGCCACGCGCUCAGAAGAUUGCAGAACACAGAAGGAAAUACGAACGAAAGCGUGAAGAAAAAGAAAUUAAAGAAAGAAUGGAAAGAGUAAAAAAGGCCCGAGAGGAACAUGAGAGAGCUCAAAGGGAGGAAGAGGCUCGCCAACAGCCAGGAGGACCUCAGUUUGGUGGUUUCCCAGGUGGUUUUCCUGGAGGCAUGCCUGGAAUGGGAAGCAUGCCUGGUCUCAAUGAAAUUCUUAGUGACCCUGAAGUUCUUGCAGCCAUGCAGGAUCCAGAAGUAAUGGCAGCUUUUCAAGAUGUCGCCCAGAAUCCAGCAAAUAUGUCAAAAUACCAGAAUAACCCUAAAGUCAUGAAUCUCAUUGGCAAACUUUCAUCCAAAUUUGGAAGUCAACCAUAAAAUUUCUUUUCAUUGCAAGACAUGGGGGAAAUAUUGAUCGCUUAUUAUAUAUUGCAAUAACACAAGCCAUUGUACUGCUAAUUCUCAAAUGAGAACUAGGCUGCUUUGGAUAGAAUCCAUUUUCCUCUUUGUUUCAAAAAUAAAUAUUAAUUAACAACUAUAUUCAAGGUUCACAUAAAACCACCUCGUCCCACCUUUCUACCAUGCCUAUAAUUUUCUUACUGAAAACAGUUUGUUUUUAAAUUGUAUAAUUGUUAUUUCUUAGUAGAUCCAAAAAUAUAGAGUGAUAGAGGAUGACAUUUGGAGUGGAGGAAUGAUGGUUCUGUUUAUGAUGGUUUGGGAUAAUUGGACUGUUUAAUUUCUAACACAAAUGAGGCUAACACAAAUUCAUUUUCAGUUCUUAAAUUCACAAGAAUUACUUAAACUGUUGAAAUCAACUCUUCUUGGAUCACAUCCUUGCACUGGAAAGAAGUACCCUAAAUGUUGCAUGCUUUGGCUUUAACUAUAUUGGUACAAAUGAAACUGAGGCUGGAAACUUUGCAAUCAGUGUUGAGCAGAUUAAUGUGCUACUCAUCUAUAUCACAGUGAGCAAAUGUUUUUAUCAACACCAGUAAGCUGAUUACUUGAAUGAUUGGAGCCCUUUAAUUAUUUGUACUAAUUUUUGCUAUUGAAUAUGACUAAUUCCUUAGUUUUGAGGGAGGGAAGCAAAGUGGUUCCCAUUACCAUGUAAUAUUCAUUAUACACUUAAGAAUAUAGGUAAAAAUAUAACUAUGAAAUGGUAAUGACCUAGAUACUAAGUUAGAAAGGUAUAUACACCAUCUAUCUCUAAUGUCAUGUUAUAUGAAUACAUACGGUGCAAAAGGAAGAACAAAAACUAUUCAUUGAAAUCCUUGCUAUGAAAUAUUUACUGAUGGCUAACACAAAUCUCUACCUUUUUAAUUAUCUGCUCAAUCUUGGAGGGCCUGUUAUAAUUAGGUUUUGUUUUUUUUCUAGGGGUUUUGAAUGUUUCCAGUUCUGUGCUCUUGUAAUUUGUCUGAAUCCAUAAGUGAUGUAUGUUUUCUGUUUUUAAUUAAACCUCAACUGGUUUAGAAAUUCAAUAUAUUCUUAAAAUAAAAUCCAUAUAGUAAUUAUCUUGUCAAAUUAAAGGAAAUAUGACUUCAUUUUUGCUUAAGAAAUAGUUAUGGAAGUACUUCUAGAUGCCUUUAAAAUAAUAAAGACUGGUUUUGAAGAAUCUUCUUGGUUUAUCUGUUAACAUUUAAUUAAUGAGAGGUAAAAUUCACAAUCUAUGUAUUCUAUGGAUCAGGAGAAAUUUUCCUUUUGAUUAAGAUGUAAUUGGAUUAUUGAAUGAGUAUAGGUUGUCCUUGAUUUAUGACUGCAGUUAGGAUCAGAAUUUUGGUAAUAAAAUUGUUGGAAUCAUAA